AUCGACACAGAACGAAGGAGCCUAGUAGAGUUAAGAUGGCGGCAUGUGGGUGAGGAGGCUGUAGAGCAAAGCUCCGGUUUUCUUUCGUUAUAAAGGACUUAUAUGAAACCACAAAGUUGUAGCUACCUAGAAAAUACUAUUCCCCCCAUACUACAUACAUUUUCGUCUUUUUUGGAUUGAAAUAAUGACAUCUAUACACUUCGUGGUUCACCCGUUGCCCGGGACCGAGGACCAGCUCAAUGACAGGCUCCGGGAAGUCUCUGAGAAACUCAACAAAUACAAUUACAACAGCCACCCCCACCUCAGUCUUCUUGAGCAGGCCACAUUGAAACAGUGUGUGGUUGGACCAAACCAUGCUGGUUUUCUCCUUGAGGAUGGGCGUGUGUGUCGGAUUGGCUUUGCCGUCCAGCCCGAUCGCCUGGAGCUGGGGAAAGCAGACGGCACUGAGGGUUCAAAGUUGAGCAGUGGGUCAGGGGCAGGAAGGAGCUCCAGGCCAGGCAGGACUAGUGAUCCGCCCUGGUUCCUGCCUGGUUCAGACACUUUGGGCAGACUGGCAGGCAACACCCUUGGGAGCCGUUGGAGCUCGGGGGUGAAUGGUGGAGGCAGCGGUGGUGGCGGCGGCAGCAGCGGGGGAGGCGGUGCCGGGGGUGGCAGCGGGAGCAGCGGAGCUGGAGGAGGUGGUGGCGGCGGCGGGGGUGGGGGAGGUGGCGGAGGCUCGUCCGGCCGCUCCUCCACAGCAGCGCGGGACUCGCGUCGGCAGACACGAGUCAUCCGCACCGGCCGAGACCGCGGCUCCGGCCUGCUGGGCAGCCAGCCCCAGCCAGUCAUCCCGGCCUCGGUCAUCCCAGAGGAGCUGAUUUCUCAGGCCCAGGUGGUUCUGCAGGGCAAGUCACGUAGUGUGAUCAUUCGUGAGCUGCAGCGCACCAACCUGGACGUGAACCUAGCUGUCAACAACCUGCUGAGCCGCGAUGACGAGGACGGUGACGAUGGUGACGACACAGCCAGCGAGUCUUACCUGCCUGGAGGUACGGCCACUUCGAUGCUGCUCUCUUCUCUUAGAAAAAUACAUACAGAAGACCUCAUGUCACUGCUAGAUGCAGACAUCCACUCGGCUCACCCCAGCGUCAUCAUCGACGCAGACGCCAUGUUCUCCGAGGACAUAAGCUACUUCGGCUACCCCUCCUUUCGCCGAUCCUCCCUGUCACGCCUCAGUUCCUCACGAGUUCUCCUUCUCCCCUUAGAGCGCGACUCUGAGCUGCUGCGGGAGCGCGAGUCGGUGCUGAGGCUGCGGGAGCGCCGCUGGCUGGACGGCGCCUCCUUCGACGCCGAGCGCGGCUCCACCAGCCGCGAGGGCGAGCCCAACCUGGACAAGAAGAGCGCGCCGCUGCAGAGCCCCGUCUCCCUCAGCGAGGAGCUCCAGUGGUGGCCCGACAAGGAUGGCACCCGGUUUGUGAGCAUUGCCUCCUUGUACUCUGAGCUAGUAGCAGUGAGCUCCAAGGGAGAGCUCUAUCAGUGGAAAUGGAGUGACCCUGAACCCUACAGAAACGCACAGAAUCCCUCGAUCCAUCACCCCCGGGUCACUUCCUUGGGCUUGACCAAUGAGAAGAUCACACUUCUGUCCGCCAACAGUAUAAGAGCUACUGUAGCCACCGAGUCCAACAAGGUGGCGACGUGGGUGGACGACUCUCUGAGCACAGUGGCCUCCAAGCUGGAGCACGGAGCGCAGAGCUUCCCUGAGCUGCAGGGCGAGCGCAUCGUCUCGCUCCAUUGCUGCGCCCUCUACACCUGCGCGCAGCUGGAGAACAGCCUCUACUGGUGGGGUGUCGUGCCUUUUAGUCAGCGGAAGAAGAUGCUUGAAAAGGCUCGAGCCAAGAACAAGAAGCCAAAGUCCAGUGCUGGCAUCUCGUCCAUCCCCAACAUCACCGUGGGAACCCAGGUGUGCCUGAGGAAUAACCCUCUGUACCAUGCUGGAGCCGUGGCCUUCUCCGUCAAUGCCGGCAUCCCUAAGGUGGGCAUGCUGCUGGAGUCGGUGUGGAACAUGAACGAGAGCUGCAGGUUCCAGCUGCGCUCACCGGAGAGCCUCAAGAACAUGGAGAAGAGCACCAAGACCCAGGAGACAAAGACGGAGAGCAAGCCUGAGCUAGUGAAGACUGAGAUGGGCCCCCCUCCCUCUCCUGCGUCCACGUGCAGCGACGCCUCCUCCAUCGCCAGCAGCGCCUCGCUGCCUUACAAGCGGCGGCGCUCCACACCCGCCCCUAAGGAGGAGGAGAAAGUCAACGAGGAGCAGUGGCCUCUGCGCGAGGUCGUGUUCGUGGAGGACGUUAAAAACGUCCCCGUGGGAAAGGUGGGUGGUGCCCGCGGACCGCCUGAUCCGCUUUGUGCCGCCGGAAUGAGAACAUCUCCUGGCCCGCCUCCUUGUGUCCUUUCAGAAACAGAUGUAGAUGCAGAUGCGUACAUAGCCACGGUGCUAAAAGUCGAUGGUGCGUAUGUUGCUGUAAAAUUUCCAGGGACCUCGAGCAGCGUGAGCAGCCAGAGCGCAGCUCCCACUGACUCUGACCCCUCCUCACUGCUGCAAGACUGCAGGCUCCUCAGAAUAGAUGAGCUACAGGUUGUAAAAACUGGUGGAACUCCUAAAGUUCCCGAUUGCUUUCAGCGCACACCUAAAAAACUUUGCAUCCCAGAAAAGGCUGAAAUUCUAGCCGUGAAUGUUGACUCCAAAGGAGUCCAUGCCGUGUUGAAAACAGGCAGUUGGGUUAGGUACUGCAUCUUUGACUUGGCAACUGGGAAAGCUGAGCAGGAGAAUCAUUUUCCGACCAGCAACCAGGCUUUUCUGGGUCAGAGUGAGCGCAACGUGGCCAUCUUCACCGCAGGACAGGAAUCUCCUAUUAUCCUGCGCGAUGGCAAUGGCACAAUUUACCCCAUGGCCAAAGACUGUAUGGGUGGUAUUAGAGACCCCGAUUGGCUGGAUCUGCCGCCCAUCACUAGCUUGGGCAUGGGAGUGCAUUCUCUCGCCAAUCUCCCCAGCAACUCUACCAUCAAAAAGAAAGCUGCUGUCAUCAUCAUGGCUGUAGAGAAGCAGACCCUGAUGCAGCACGUGCUGCGCUGUGACUACGAGGCGUGCCGGCAGUACCUGGCCGGCCUGGAGCAGGCGGUGCUGCUGGAGCAGAACCCCCACGCACUCGAUGCCCUGCUGGGCCAUCGCUGCGACGGCAACCGCAACGUGCUGCACGCCUCCGUCUCUGUCUGCUUCCCCGUCAGCAACAAGGAGACCAAGGAGGAGGAAGAAGCCGAGCGCUCGGAGAGGAACACGUUUGCUGAGCGGCUGUCGGCGGUAGAGGCUAUUGCUAACGCCAUCUCGGUGGUGUCCAGCAACAGCUCUGGCAACAGGACUGGCUCGUCCAGCAGCAGAGGUCUGCGUCUGAGAGAGAUGAUGAGACGCUCCCUCAGAGCUGCGGGCCUCGGACGCCACGAGUCUGGGCCCUCCUCCAGUGACCACCAGGACCCCGUGUCCCCUCCCAUCGCACCCCCCAGCUGGGUGCCCGACCCCCCUCCCAUGGAUCCAGAUGGUGACAUUGAUUUCAUCUUGGCCCCUGCAGUGGGCUCCCUCACCACCGCCUCCACCGGCACCAGCCAGGGCCCCAGCACCUCCACCAUACCUGCAGGGCCAUCGACGGAGCCCUCGGUGGUGGAGUCCAAAGAUCGCAAGGCCAACGCUCACCUCAUCCUCAAGCUCAUGUGUGACAGCGUGGUGCUGCGGCCUCACUUGCGCCAGCUCCUCUCCGCCAAGGAUGCACGUGGAAUGACUCCGUUCAUGCUGGCAGUGAGUGGGAGAGCCUACCCAGCAGCCAUCACGGUCCUGGAAGCUGCUCAGAAAAUAGCCAAGGGCGAGUCUGGCAGCGGCGAUAAGGAAGAUGCGGACUCUCUGUUCAUGGAGAUGAUUUGCCCGUCUGGCACCAACCCAGACGACUCGCCCCUCUACGUGCUAUGCUGCAACGACACCUGCAGCUUCACCUGGACCGGCGCCGAGCACAUCAAUCAGGACAUCUUUGAGUGCCGGACCUGUGGCCUGCUAGAAUCUCUGUGCUGCUGCACAGAAUGUGCCCGAGUCUGCCACAAGGGACACGACUGCAAGCUGAAGAGAACCUCUCCAACUGCGUACUGCGACUGCUGGGAGAAAUGCAAGUGCAAGACACUGAUUGCUGGGCAGAAAGCUGCUCGCCUGGACCUGCUCUACAGGCUCCUCACAACCACCAACCUCGUCACUACCCCCAACAGCAGGGGGGAGCACAUCCUGCUGUUCCUGGUGCAGACAGUUGCCAGGCAGAGUGUGGAACACUGCCAGUACCGGCCGCCCCGCAUCCGGGAGGACCGCAAUCGCAAAGCUGCCAGCGCAGAGGACUCGGACAUGCCGGACCAUGACCUGGAACCUCCACGCUUCGCCCAGCUGGCUCUGGAGCGCGUGCUGCAGGACUGGAACGCCCUCAAGUCCAUGAUCAUGUUUGGCUCCCAAGAGAACAAAGACCCGCUGAGUGCCAGCAGCAGGAUUGCCCACCUCCUCCCUGAGGAGCAGGUGUACCUGAACCAGCAGAGUGGCACCAUCAGGCUGGACUGCUUCACCCACUGCCUCAUCGUCAAGUGUGCCCCGGACAUCACAUUCAUCGACACGCUCCUGGGCACACUGGUGAAGGAGCUGCAGAAUAAGUACACCCCCGGGAGGAGGGAUGAGGCGGUGAUUGUCACCAGGAGGUUCCUGCGGUCGGUGGCCCGUGUGUUUGUCAUCCUCAGCGUGGAGAUGGCCUCAUCCAAGAAGAAGAAUAACUUCAUCCCGCAGCCCAUAGGGAAGUGCCGCCGUGUGUUCCAGGCCCUUCUCCCGUACGCGACGGAGGAGCUGUGUAACGUGGCCGAGUCUCUUAUCGUGCCCGUGCGCAUGGGCAUCGCCCGGCCCACCGCCCCCUUCACACUGGCCAGCACCAGCAUUGAUGCCGUCCAGGGCAGCGAGGAGCUCUUCUCUGUGGAGCCGCUGCCACCCAGGCCCUCCCCAGACCAAUCCAGCAACUCCAGUCAAGCAGCCUCCUCCUACAUCAUCCGCACCCCCCAGCCCCACCGCAGCAGCCAGUCCCAGCCUGUCCGCGGGCGGGACGAGGAGCAGGACGACAUCGUGUCCGCUGAUGUAGAGGAGGUGGAGGUUGUGGAGGGUGUCGCAGGAGAGGAGGAUCACCAUGACGACCAGGAGGAGCAGGGAGAAGAGAACGCAGAGGCUGAGGGUCAACACGAUGAGCAUGAUGAGGAUGGAAGUGACAUGGAGUUGGAUCUCCUCGCUGCUGCUGAGACCGAGAGUGACAGUGAGAGUAACCACAGCAACCAGGACAAUGCUAGUGGGCGGAGAAGCGUCGUCACGGCAGCAACUGCUGGAUCUGAAGCAGGUGCCAGCAGUGUCCCUGCCUUCUUUUCAGAGGACGACUCGCAGUCCAACGACUCGAGCGACUCGGACAGCAGCAGCAGCCAGAGCGACGACGUGGACCAGGAGACGUUCCUGGUGGACGAGCCGCUGGAGAGGACCACGGGCAUGGCGCACGCCAACAGCGCUGCCCAGGCGCCGCGCUCCAUGCAGUGGGCCGUCCGCACCACACCCAACCAGCGGACCGCCGGGGGCGCCCCCUCUAGCACCUCCACCCCUGCAGGUCAGAGAGCGCUCCCUCCCCAACCAGCGAGCUCCACGGGCCUGAUCUACAUCGACCCGUCCAACCUGCGCCGCAGCAGUGCCAUCAGCAACAGCGCAGCGGUCGCCGCCGCCGCCCUGGAGGCCAGCAACUCCAGCAGCUACCUGACGUCCGCCAGCAGCCUGGCCCGCGCCUACAGCAUCGUCAUCAGGCAGAUCUCCGACCUCAUGGGCCUCAUCCCCAAAUACAACCACCUGGUCUACUCCCAGUAUCCUGCAGCCGUCAAACUCACCUACCAGGACGCUGUCAACCUGCAGAACUUCGUGGAAGACAAACUGAUCCCCACCUGGAACUGGAUGGUGUCCAUCAUGGACUCCACGGAGGCCCAGCUGCGCUACGGCUCAGCGCUGUCCUCCGCAGGGGACCCAGGCCAUCCCAGCCACCCGCUGCACGCGUCCCAACACGCCGGCCGCCGAGAGCGCAUGACCGCCCGUGAGGAGGCCAGUCUACGCACGCUGGAGGGCCGCAGACGGGCAGCCACCCUGCUAACCGCUCGACAGGGCAUGAUGUCGGCCCGGGGAGACUUCCUGAACUACGCCCUGUCGCUGAUGCGCUCACACAACGACGAGCACUCAGACGUGCUGCCCGUGCUGGACGUGUGCUCGCUCAAGCACGUGGCCUACGUUUUCCAGGCUCUCAUCUACUGGAUCAAGGCCAUGAACCAGCAGACCACGCUGGACACACCACAGAUGGACCGGAAGAGGAAUCGAGAGAUUCUGGAGCUCGGUUUGGACAAUGAAGAUUCAGAGCACGAGAACGACGAGGACACCAAUCAGAGUUUUGCAUUGGAAUACCAAGAGGGACACAAGAGGAAGGCAGUUAGGCAGAAACACGGCAAAAAGAAGCGGGCAGCUGUGAAAGGUUCUACGCUGCAAGACAAGGAUGACGAUCCGGUCCCCGCUGAAACGGGACAGAAUCACUCCUUCUUCCGGCGCUCCGAUUCCAUGACCUUCCUGGGCUGCAUCCCACCCAAUCCCUUCGAAGUGCCCCUGGCCGAGGCCAUCCCACUGGCCGAUCAGCCCCACCUGUUACAGCCCAAUGCCAGGAAGGAGGACCUGUUUGGUCGCCCCAGCCAGGGCUUGUACUCGUCCUCUUACAUGGCCAGCAAAGGCCUGGCCGACAUGUCAGCGGAUAGAAACUGCUUAGAGAUUCUGCCCACUAAGAUGUCGUACUCGGCCAACAUGAAGAACGUGAUGAGCAUGGAGCUGCGUCCCAGGGAGGAGCUCGCUGCCGCGGAGCAGGAGAUGGACACCUCCAAGCCUGGCCCCUCCCCCCACGACCUGGCUGCCCAGCUCAAGAGCAGCCUGCUGGCUGAGAUCGGCCUGACCGAGAGCGACGGACCCCCUCUACCCUCCUUCAGACCCCACUGUAGUUUCAUGGGAAUGGUGAUCUCUCAUGACAUGCUGCUGGGCCGCUGGCGUCUCUCCCUGGAGCUGUUUGGAAGAGUGUUCAUGGAGGACGUGGGGGCUGAGCCAGGAUCGAUCCUGACAGAGCUGGGUGGCUUUGAGGUGAAAGAGUCCAAAUUCCGGCGGGAGAUGGAGAAGCUGCGCAACCUGCAGUCGCGUGAUCUGGCGCUUGAGGUGGACCGCGACCGCGACCAGCUCAUCCAGCAGACCAUGCGGCAGCUCAACACGCACUUUGGCCGCCGCUGCACCACCACGCCCAUGGCUGUGCACCGUGUCAAGGUCACCUUCAAGGACGAGCCGGGCGAGGGGAGCGGUGUGGCACGCAGCUUCUACACGGCCAUUGCCCAGGCCUUCCUGUCCAACGAGAAGCUGCCCAACCUGGACUGCGUGCAGAGCGUCAGCAAGGGCAUGCAGGCCAGCAAUCUCAUGCAGCGACUGAGGAACAGAGAUCGAGAGAGGGAGAGAAGGAGUGGGGGGCUUCGAGCCGGCUCCCGGCGGGAUCGCGACAGGGACUCCAGAAGGCAGCUGUCCAUCGACACACGGCCCUUCAGGCCUGCGUCCGAAGGGAACCCCAGCGACGAGCCGGACCCGCUGCCGGCACACAGACAGGCACUGGGAGAACGGCUGUACCCUCGUGUGCACGCCAUGCAACCGGCGUUUGCCAGUAAAAUCACAGGGAUGCUGCUAGAGCUGUCCCCUGCUCAGCUGCUGCUGCUCCUGGCCAGUGAGGACUCCCUGAGAGCCCGCGUGGAGGAGGCCAUGGAGCUCCUCAUUGCACAUGGAAGGGAAAAUGGUGCUGACAGCAUAUUGGACCUCGGUGUCCUGGAUGCCCCUGAGAAAGCACAGCAGGAGAACAGGAAGAGGCAUGGCUCCACCCGCAGCGUGGUGGACAUGGAGCUGGACGACCCUGAUGACGGGGACGACAACGCCCCUCUGUUCUACCAGCCGGGUAAACGGGGCUUCUACUCCCCACGACCAGGCAAGAACACGGAGGCCAGACUCAACUGCUUCCGCAACAUCGGCAGAAUACUAGGACUUUGUCUGCUGCAGAAUGAACUGUGCCCUAUUACUUUGAAUAGACACGUCAUCAAAGUCCUGCUCGGGAGAAAGGUGAACUGGCAUGACUUUGCCUUCUUUGACCCGGUAAUGUACGAGAGCUUGCGGCAGCUAAUCCUCCACUCCCAGGCUGGGGAGGCAGAGGCGGUGUUCUCAGCCAUGGAUCUGGCCUUUGCCAUCGACCUCUGUAAAGAGGAAGGCGCUGGACAGGUGGAGCUCUUGACUGGUGGGGUGAACAUGCCGGUCACCCCUUUGAAUGUUUAUGAGUAUGUUAGGAAGUAUGCAGAACACAGGAUGCUGGUGGUUGCGGAGCAGCCUCUGCAUGCAAUGAGAAAGGGGCUCCUUGACGUGCUUCCCAAGAAUGCCCUGGAGGACCUCACGGCAGAAGACUUCCGGCUCCUGGUCAAUGGCUGUGGAGAGGUCAAUGUGCAGAUGCUCAUCAGUUUCACCUCAUUCAACGAUGAAUCGGGGGAAAAUGCGGAGAAACUUUUACAGUUCAAGCGCUGGUUUUGGUCCAUUGUUGAGAAGAUGAGUAUGACAGAAAGGCAGGAUCUGGUGUACUUCUGGACCUCCAGUCCAUCUUUGCCGGCCAGUGAGGAGGGCUUCCAGCCGAUGCCCUCCAUCACCAUCCGGCCUCCAGAUGACCAGCACCUGCCCACCGCCAACACCUGCAUCUCCCGCCUCUAUGUGCCACUCUACUCCUCCAAACAGAUUCUCAAACAGAAACUCUUACUAGCCAUCAAGACCAAGAACUUCGGUUUUGUGUAGAGGUUGACGGGGAAAAAAAACAUGUUUACUGUUGUGUAAUAUUACUAGUUCCAUUUUGUAGAUUUAUUUUUUGUCUAUACAAUUUUAUGGAAUUUAAAGAAAUGCUGUCGCAUCCCUGGCAGUAAUUUUGGUCUGUUGUGAAAGCAGACUGCUUGUUCAUAUUUUAUUUUCUGUUUUUUUUUUUUUCUUCUGAAAUAAAUAUACAUUCCUGCAUUGGCUUUGUGAAGUUGAGCCCGCAGCUCUCAGUUCCAUUGGCUUGAACUGUAAUGUCCCAGGAAUCAUCUGGUCCGACAGGAAACUGUCUGCCGAGCCCCAGCCAAAGAUGACAGCAGAAAAUAUUUAACGAAAAAAAAUUUACACUGUGAUUAUGAAUCUUUUUUUUCUUCCCCUUCUGCCCAUGACGGAAAACUUACUAUCACUGAGAGAUCACAGCUGCCUUUGUGGAACGUCAUUUUUUUUCUUGUAUAGGGGGAGUAGGGAAUUUCAGAAUAAACUUGGAUGCAACUA